UCCAAUUUGUAAUAGGUCAUCAUCACCGGCUCAAUUUUCCGAGCCAAACUGGAUCUCCUUGCAUCGAUUGCCAUCAGCAGCCUAGUUUCAGGAGGCAAAGAUGGCAUCAGCAAGCGCCACCGGCUACAAUGCUCUUCUGGUGAGCAUUGUACUUUUGGCGACAGUGUGUGAAUGCACUGCGGAGACUCCUUAUGCGGCUGGUCUGUCUGAGGACUUUUACCAGAAAACUUGCCCUCAAGCAGCUUCCAUCGUCGAUGCGUAUGUCACCAAGUUCCUCAGAAAGGACAGAAACUUUGCUGGUGCCUUUAACAGGUUGCAGUUCCAUGAUUGCUGGGUCGGGGGCUGCGAUGGCUCUGUUCUCUUGAAUUCGACCGAAACAAACCAAGCGGAGAGGGAAGCUCAUGUCAACUUCGGGCUCAGAGGCGUAGCAGAGGUCGAUCAAAUCAAGGCAGCCCUGGAACAUUCCUGCCCAGGAGUUGUAUCUUGCGCCGACAUUCUGAUCAUGGCUGCUCGUGAUGCCACAGCCAAGGUUGGAGGCCCCAGUUGGCCAGUCGCUAUGGGUCGCAGAGACGGCGUGAACUCCUCAUCCUUGAUGGCUGAUAGCAAUCUACCAUUUCCUGUGCUGAACUUCAGCGGGCUGGUUGCUAACUUUGCUGGCAAGGGGUUCAAUGCAAGAGAGAUGAUUACACUCUCGGGUGCACACACUAUUGGUCGGACCCACUGCAAUGGAAUCCUCCCACAUCUUUACAACUUCACCGGAAAGGAUGACGCCACAGACACCGACCCAGCCAUGAAUAAGAACUUCGCUGUCUUUCUCAAGAACCAUUGUCCUCAGGGUAACAGGACAAACACCAUUUUCAUCGACUCCACAGCUAACACCUUCGACCGUGCUUACUACAAAAAUGUGCUGCAGGGCAAGGGUAUUUUCAUCACAGAUGCCGCUCUCAUUACCAAUCCUGCAGGCAAGAAAGUCGUCACCACGUUCUCGAAACCUGGCUCUGCCUUCUUCACAGAAUUCGCCGCUGGCAUGGUGAAGAUGGGAAAUCUGGGAGUGCUCACUGACACGGAGGGGCAAAUUCGCAGGACAUGUCAAUUCGUAAAUUAAAAGGCCAUUCUAGAGUUUCAAGACACUUAAGAUUAGUCAGAAUAGCAGAAGUUAGGAGAACAUGAAUACUCUCAGCACCAUGGUCACAUUCAUAGAGUAGCUACAUUCAUUCACCCUUUUAUUGGUUGGAGCUCAGAAUAAGCUCCAGUUGUAGAUGCACGACGAUUUCGCCCUGCGGUGGUUUUUGAGCUUGCUCUUUAUGGACUUGAGCCACCAAACGUGGGACCGGGAUGCACGACAUUGUCUACAUCUGGAACGAAGAGCUUGGCUCAAAGGAGAUUCCAGAGCUAGGCUACGGAUAUUCAAAUCUAAGUUUCUCCCGAGACUGAAAAUUUUGACAAGAAUAAACAAACUAAGCGGUCCCUGAAUGACUC